GGUAUCAGCGUAUCAGGAAACCAUACAACCCAUUUAUAUUGUGUAUGGGGGGAAAAGAGGGAUUGAAAGACUUGAUAAUCCUCCUGUUGGUUAAGCUAGGCAUACAGUCUCAGGAUGGCUUAGGUUGGGAGAGAUCUUAAAGAUCAUCUAGUUCCAACCCUAAGGGAAGGAUAGUUCCAGGUUACUCCUAUUGUGGUUGUUAAAGACUUGGAAGCAAAUGGUUAACAGCAAGUAGCUUAAGUUAAUCAUUAAGCGUGCCCAGUGGACAGCUCUGAGCUGUCUGUAAUGAGUACUGCUGAGAAACGAGUCGGGUGGGUUUCAGCACAGCCCCACUUUGUUAUCCAGGCAGGGACUGACAGAGUUUCCAACCAAGCAUUGUGGGAGAGUCAGUAUCAAAGGGAUGGGGCAGUUACCCUAUCACAGCCUCCUCGGUGAACUCAUCCGAGCAAUGGAAGAACAAAGAGGAUAAGAAAAGAUGCAAAGGUCCUGAGUUAUGAUCCUGUGAAAUCCCCAUCCAUGUUCCAAGAUGAACGUAUGGAGACCAUCUUUUCUGGUGUUUUUUGCAGUGACCUCUGAAGGACUGCUUGUAAAGCCUGGGGAGGGCAGUGUUGCUGGAGGAACUUGGAUUACUAUCACUCUGGAUGGGUCAGCAUCCCAUGAGCUAGAACAUCUCUCUCCAACCAGCUGGCCCCACCUGGAGGUGUCCCUGGUGAAUGCAGACCUGCCCACGUUGCCAUGUGAUGUCUCUCCUGUGUAUUUUGACUUUUCCCUCAUAAGAUGUAGAACAAGGCCUUCACCCCAGGAGGGUUUGUACUACGUGGAGGUGAGCUUUAAUGGGCGCACGAUUAACAACCUGACUGGGCUGGAGAAAGAAAACUAUGCUUUCAAGUUUUCUGCUGUGCAGACGCCUGUGGUUUACCAAAUUAGCCCGCCAUCUGGCGUCCCAGGAAAUUUAAUAGAGAUCUAUGGGAAAACAAUUGCUGGGAGAUACGAGACCCUGGACUUCAAUGCAGAUUAUAUUGAUGGACCAGCUAUUCUUGUGGCAGAAGGAGAUGGAUGGACCAGCCUCUGCUCUUUUGCUGAUGGGCAAGCUGGAAGCAUCUACUCCAUUCAGACAGAAGAUGGGCUGGGAACCAUGCAGUGCCGGGUGGAAGGGAACCACAUAGGGUCCCACAAUGUCAGCUUCUCAGUGUUUAACAAAGGAAAGUCAGUGAUAGACAAAGGUGCUUGGCUCAUCAGUGCAAAGCAGGAGCUUUUCUUGUACCAAACGCAUUCAGAAAUAGCCUCUGUGUUCCCAGCCAGUGGAAGUCUUGCAGGAGGAACUGACCUCACUAUUAAAGGGGAUUUUUUUGAGGAGCCCGUGCAGGUCACUGCUGCAGGUGUCCCCUGUAAAGUCAAGCAUGUCUCUCCCUGGCAAAUCAUCUGCACCACUGAGGCUGUUGGCAGGAGCAGGAUGCUUGGUGACCCCCAGCCGGGAAAUCGAGGGCUUCUCUUUGAAGUUUGGGAUGACGCCUCUGAUCUGACAGAAGCAGGGCCUGGAUAUAGAUGGCAGUUUGUACCUAAUGCCCAAUCCCCAGUAAGAUUUCUGUCUGCAGCAAAGCAGUCCUUCAGCUCCAGGCUUCGUGGAUUUUUUGUGGCUCCUCAGACCAACAAUUACACUUUCUGGAUUCAGGCAGAUGGUCCGGCGUCUCUGUACUUGAGUUCAUCCCAAGACCCACAGCAUAAGGUGAGAAUCGCUUCUCUCCCAUCUGGCAAUUUGGAAUGGUCUGGGAAGUGGGUGAAGAACUGGAGUGAGAGUUGGCAGCCGAAAUCCCAGAAGUUUGAGCUAACUGCUGGCCUGAAGUACUACUUGGAAGCACUACAUCAUGGAAAGGCACCCAGCAAUGGGAUGAGGGUUGGAGUCCAGAUCCACAACACGUGGCUGAAUCCCCAAGUGGUGAACAACUACUACAUUGAGAGACAUGAAAUUUGGGCUCACGCCUUAUGUCUUCCCGAUGUACAGAUGCUGUCUGUGUCUGGCACGGGAUGGUUCAGCAUCUCCUGGAGCAAUGCACCCCGCAGAAUGAUCCACACAAAUUCCACUGCUCUUCAGGUCCAAACAGCAAUAGAGGAACUUCUUUCAGUUGGGUGUGACAUUGAGCCAACGUCUGCUAAAAUACUCUUCCAUGAUGGCUUUGAGAAAGAAGGUACAGAAAACUCUGUCACUGUAGAACACGUUGUCUAUGGAACAGAGCCAUUCUGUGGGAGGUUCAGUGCUCGCAGCCCAAGCCAGCUGCUGAAAGCUUCCCCAUCAUCUCUACAAAGAUACGACCUUACUGAAUACACACAUGUUUGUUUUGCACAUAAAGGCCAUGUGAACAACAUCCUUCAUAUCUCAGUAUCCUACACCAACCUUUCCUUGUGUUCAGUGGAAAGAAACCUCACCUGCCAGUGGGAUUUUGAUAGAACCGACCCUACAAGCUGGACGUUCUCCUGCGCUGACCUCUGGAUGGGGUGUGUGAGUCGCUCUGUGGCUCUCCAGGACCUUCUCAUCAACACCCCAGUGUUCGUACAUCAGAUUGCCUUGUCGAGCACCCAAAAGGAAGCCACUGGGUUGUUCUACCUUGAUGAAGUCAUCAUUGCAGACAGAGCUGUGACUGUUUCUCAGACGGAUCCCAAACCACAUCGGCUGGGUGGGCGGGUAAUAGAGGCAGUAACUGUGGUGGGGUCUUCUCCUACUUACAACGUGUCCUGGCUGCUGUCUGGCUGUGGUGCAAGUCAGCCUCUUCUCUCCUUGAGAGGUGCAGUGCUCUGUGAGGGCUCUGAGGAAGAUGACCACCUCUACGUCUCCACGGAGGAUGUGGGAGUCAGCGUUGCCAUUCAGAGGCUGCAGGUGUCAUCUCCACCUCUUGGAGGGACCUUCCGCAUACACCUGGGAAGCACAGUGAUAUCAGGUGUUUCUGUGCACAUCUCCUCCCACCAGCUCCUCAAGCUUCUGCAGACCAACACAGAUCAUUCUACAGCCCCAUACUUCAACACCAGUGACUUCAUUGUGACUAAAGACUCCGAGUCUUGCUGUGAAAGCAUCUGGACUCUCACCUGGAGAACGAAAGCUGGAGACUUGCCCAAUGUAAUCAAUGUCUCUGCUGAAAACCUCACUGGUCUGAAGCCAGCUGUUUCCAGUCGUGUGGUUUAUGAUGGGGGUGUCUUUAUUGGGCCAGUAUUUGGGGACAUGCUUGCUACCUCCAAUAACAAAACACAGGUGGUGGUGCUGGUGAAUGAUGUCCCAGCAAACUGUUCUGGUUUCUGCUCUUUCCAGUUCAGCCAGGAAAUGACACCCUUAGUCAGUGCCGUGGAGUAUUCAGCAGAUGAUGGAUCCCAGGUCACGGUAAUGAUCAGGGGAGUUGGUUUCUCUGAGAAGAACACAACCCUGCAGGUACAGGUGAAGAACACGACUUGCUCUGUCGUAAUGUCGAAUCAAACCCAAGUGGUCUGCAAGAUGGAGAGGCUGCCACUUGGAGUCCACCAGCUGACAUUAUUAGUGAGGCCUUAUGGCUUUGCACUCAAUGCCAGCACAGGAGAAGGCAUCUUCCUAAGAGUUGAGCCCAGGCUGGCAGCCAUUGAACCUCCCAGAGCUUCAGAAAUAGGAGGAUUGAGAGUGGCUCUCAGGGGGACUGGUCUGGAAGGGGUAAACCUGGUGUUGUUUGGAUCUCAGCCUUGCCCAGUUUUGGAGGAUACCAGAAAUUCAACACGAAUUGAAUGUAUAGUUCCUUCUCGGGGGGCAGAAGAUGCUGCUGUCCAUGUGACACUAAUUUCUGGGUACCAAUCAACAAUAAUCACUGGCUUAUUCCAGUAUGACCCUUCCUUAAACCCUGCAGUUGUAUCCCUGAGCAGAAACAGAAGUGGCUUAGCAGGGGGUCAGGAGCUUCAGAUUGGAAUAUCCUCAUUUGUGAACUACCGUGGGUCAGAUAUCAAGGUCCAAAUUGGGGACGUGUGGGCACAGAUCCAGGCACAGAUGGACAGUGGUCUUAAUGUGAUGCUUCCAGCCUUGGCUGCGGGAUGGUACAACGUUUCUGUCAUCAUCAGUGGUGUUGCUCUUGCUUCAGACAGGGUUGAGCCAUUAAUCCACUACAUCUCGGAGGUCUUCAGCAUCGAGCCAUGUUGCGGAUCUUUCCUGGGUGGGACGCUGCUCACAAUCUCUGGGCUGGGCUUUAGCCAAAAUCAGUCCCUGGUUUCCAUUUCAAUAAAUGAACAAAGCUGUCUGGUUACCCAUUUGGCAGAAGAGACCAUUUGGUGCCUGACCCCACCAGCUGCUAACUGGUCUGAUGAAGUUUCUCAAGAUGUCCCUGUCGCAGUAAAUAUACUCAUUAGCAAUAGCUCAAUUCAUCACGUUCCCAUCGCAAAAAGCAUCACCUUUAAUUACCAAAGAGCUUUGACACCUCUGGUUACCACAGUUGAACUGGAGAUUUUGGAGAGUAGCCUUCUCUUGAGCAUCCAGGGGGUAAACAUCACUGGAUCUGUGGCUCAGCUGGGAGACAGCGAGUGUGAGCUUGAGCUGCAACGUGACAAUGAGUCUGCAAUGUUUUAUCAGUGCUCUUUACCAUUUAGCAACCUGGAACCUGGGAUUUACCCUGUCCGGGUUCUCCAGAGACAGCUUGGAUAUUCCCAUGUGACAGCAAGGCAGCAGACCAUCACAGUAACUCCACGGAUAACCUCCAUAUUCCCAUCACAAGGAUCUAUUUGUGGUGGGAUGUUACUUACUAUAUCAGGGAUUGCUUUAAGAUCCAGAAGAGAUUUGGGACAGGUCAGCUUGGAUGGUAAUUAUUCCUGUGAGCUCCAGAGCUCUGAUAACAGCACCAUUAAGUGUGUGGUCCUUCCAGAGACACACCUUUUGCCUUACCAGUGGUGGGCUGAGGUUUCUUGGGCUCUUAAUGUCACAGUGACUGUCAAUGGAAUCAACAGUGUCUGCUUUGGGGAUUGUACACUCCACCUUCAUGAGCACUCAACUCCCCUUGUUGAUGGGGUGACCUGGGAGGCCAAUGGGACGUACACCGAUGUGACCAUCAAAGGGCAGAGAUUGGCAUGGCCAGGUGACAGCCCUGUGGUGCUUGUGAAUGACCAGGGUGUCUGCAAGGUCACUUUUUGGAAUGAGACCAACAUCAGGUGCUGGAUGGACUGUAUUGCCCCAGGGGAGCAUAAUAUCUCCAUAUCCAACAGAAGUGGGAGAGCUUGCUUCAGAAGUACAUCCAGUGUUCUCACCACCGUGCCUCAAGUGCAUCAGUUUUACCCCCAGAACUUCAGUACCAAUGGUGGAGGCCUGCUCACCUUUGCAGGUGCAGCACUGAAAGGAAAGAGCAGGACAUCUGUUCUCAUUGGUCAGCAACCAUGCCUCAUCCUCAGUGUCACCUGCGUAGCCAUCCUGUGUACGGUGCCCCCAGGCAAUGGUACCAGGGCUCUGAGGUUGACAGUAGAUGGCAUCUCCUACGAUAUUGGACAAAUUAGUUACAAUGAGGAGUCUACACCAACUUUCCUUUCGCUUCUUGUGACUGGCCUCCAAUUAACAAUGAAUGUAUCGCAGGUCACGGAGAUGGACACCAUCCAUGUAUUUGUUGGAGACUCUGCUUGUAGGGGUGUCACCAUCACCCACUCGGAGCUGCAUUGCUCUCCUCCUCUGCUCCCUGCUGGUGAUUACCCUGUGCUGGGCCUGGAUGUCCCCAGGGGCUGGGCUUCCUCCAACCUGACCUUCAUCUCUCAGCUUACAGUGACAGCUGUGCAUUGCAAUUGGGGUGGCUUGAAUGGAGGAGUGGUUCACCUGCAUGGAACUGGAUUUUCCCCAGGGCAGACUUUGGUCACCAUCUGUGGCAGCCCCUGUGAAAUGCUGGGCAAUGCAACGACAACGAGCCUUAGCUGUCUUGUACCACGUUUGCAUGCAUCCUUGGCCUUUCUCUGCAGCCUGACCCUCUCUUCUGCCAACUGCCAAGAGGACAGAUCCACCAUUAUUGAAUGUGAUGUCCAAGUCAUGGUGGGCUCCUACCACCAGCAAGGACCCAGAUCUUACCUGUACCUGUGUGGGGAGAGUAAAGCUUGGGAGCAGCAGGGGGACACCGGCCCUUCGCAGAGACACAUUACUGGACUCAUUGCCAGCCCUAAAGUGGAAAGAGAUGAAGUUCUCAUCUAUAAUAGCUCCUGUAACAUUACCAUGGAAACUGAGGCAGAGAUGGAGUGUGAGGGAGCUAAUCAGCCAAUUACCGCCAAGAUUACUGAGAUAUGGAAAAACUGGGGCCAGAACACUCAGGCCGCCCUCCAGCUGUGCUGUCGUUGGGCCGAGGCCUCCAGCUGGCCCUAUGGCCGCCUGCCACAAGAUGGUGCCAACGUCACGGUAGAAGCUGGCAGGACGAUGCUGCUGGGCGCCGCCACCGCCGUGUUGCACCUGCUGCACAUCAGAGGUGGCAAACUCAUAUUUACUGGUCCAGGACCUGUAGAACUACAUGCUCAUUACAUCCUGAUAACUGAUGGAGGAGAGCUCCGGGUGGGAUCUUCCGAAGCCCAUUUCCAUCACAGGGCACACAUCUAUCUCUAUGGAAGCCUCCACUCACCACCAUUGUUUCCAUAUGGGGCCAAGUUCCUGGCAGUGAGAAAUGGGACCCUUUCCAUCCAUGGCUGGAUGCCUAAAGUAACUUUCACUUACUUGAAUUCAUCAGCUCUUGCUAACGAUGUACGAUUAGUACUCCAAGAAACUGUUGACUGGGAACCUGGUGAUGAAAUCGUGGUUGGAGGGACAGGUCUUGGAGACGCACAGCAGCAAGAAGUGGCCAUUAUUGAGUCUAUAAAUAACACUGAGCUCUACCUUAGGUCACCACUCAGGUACUCCCACAACGUUGGAGAGGAAAGGGUGAAUGGCCAAAGCCUGCCUCUGACUGCUGUGGUGGCACUGCUUAGCAGAAGGGUUGUUGUUCAAGGGGAUAUCACGAAGGAGAGGAUCUCCCAUGUCAGACAGUGUGCAGAAGCAGGUGACACAAGAGGUGGCUCCCAGUGUCUGUACAAGCGAAGUGAGAGGCAGCUGGGGUCUCGGGACAUGGGAGCUGUCAUCGUAGUGGAAGCCUUCCAGGGAGCAAUGAGUCAGCUGCAGGUGGAGGGGGUCCAGUUCCGCCACAUGGGACAAGCAUUUCAGCAGCACCGCAGUGCCCUGACAGUUGCUGGCAAUGCAUGGAUGGCAGACUCUUACAUACGUGGCUGCUCUCUUUUGGACUCCUUUGGCCAAGGACUCCGUCUGACUGGGAUCUCAAACCUUACUGUAGACAAUAAUGUCUUCUUUAACAUAUCAGGACAUGGGCUUCUGCUGGGAAGUGGCCUGGAGAAGGAGAAUAGAAUCAGAAAUAACAUAGUGAUUGGCCUUUCUGCAGCGAAUGGUUUAUCCAACAUUGAGACUCUGUCACCAGCAGGGAUCUACAUCAGAGCUCCUGCCAACCACAUUGAGGGUAACACCGUGUGUGCUGCUGGGUAUGGGUAUUUCUUUCAUCUGUCUCCUGAGGGACCAUCCAAAAUGCCUGUCCUGUCUUUCAGUAAGAACACAGCCCAUUCCUGCACCAGGUAUGGGUUACUUGUGUACCCAGAAUAUUUGCCAGACAGCCCAAAUGGCCCCGUUCAGUUCAACAGCUUCACAGUUUGGAGCAGCCAAGGUGGAGUCCAGAUUUUCAGUAGCAGCAACCUCAGACUCCAGAAUUUCCGAAUCUAUGCUUGCAUGGAUUUUGGCAUUGAUAUUAUUGAAAGCCUGGGAAACACAGCUGUAGCUAAUAGUGUUUUAAUUGGACACAUUGGGCAAAAGGACAAGGCCUGUAUGUCGGCAGGACUGAAAACUCCCAAAAGAUUCCAGCUGUUCAUCUCCAACACAGCUUUCAGGAACUUUGAUAUGAGCACUUGCACGGCAAUCAGGACCUGCUCUGACUGUUAUCAAGGGCAGGGUGGUUUUACAGUGAGAGCUGAGCGUCUGACCUUCACCAACUCACCUUUCCAAGUGUCCUUCCCCUUUCCUCACGCUGCCAUCCUUGAUGAUCUCGAUGGCUCCCUCACUGGGGAGGAAGGAAGUCGUCUUCUCCCUUCUACAGAUAUCCUCAUGGCUUCAUGCAUGACCAGUGCCAAUUUCAGUCGAGCUUUGGGUGGCAGUGUUUGCAGCAAGGACCUUGUUGUCCACCGUAUGUCUCUUCACUUAAAAGAGGCUCCAGAGAUUCCCUAUAAUUUAACAGUGACCGACAGCAGGAAUAAGACAACCACAGUCAAUUAUGUCCCUUACACUCUCUCAGGCUCAUAUGGCUGGAUGUGUCUCCUCCUGGAUAAAGAGACCUACACACUGAUAUUUGACAACCCUUUGGUCAGCAAGCAGCUCCAGUAUUCAGUCACAUUUAGCAACUUCGCAGCUGGGAAUUACUUGCUGGUGGAACACAAGGAUCUUCCUGCCCAACUUGAGGUUGCGGUGUCCUGUGGGAAAAGGACUGGACAGCCUCUCCAAUCUCUGCCUUCCUAUGGUCAGCACAGGAGCUGUGACUGGUAUCUCGACAGCACACUGCGGAAGCUAACCUACUUGGUCACAGGAGCUGACUUAAUUCAGUUCGAGCUGAAAGAGAAGGAAAGAGCCCCUUCACCUACACCAGAUCCUUCUGAUUCUGUCUUGAAAUGGUCCCACCCAGAGACGUGGAAGGACGUGGAAAAAGGCUGGGGUGGAUUCAACGGCAGCAUCCCAGGUCCAGGAGAAGACGUCAUCAUCUUACCCAACCGGACCGUCCUGGUGGACACAGAUCUUCCUCCUCUAAGAGGUCUUUAUGUCCUUGGGACUCUCGAGUUCCCCACCAACUCCAGCAAUGUCCUGAGUGCAGCCUGUAUCCUGGUGGUGGGAGGUACACUGAAUGUGGGUUCUUUUCAGCAACCUCUAGAAAGGGAUUCAAAGCUGCUGAUCCUUCUUCGGGCAUCUGAAGGGAUUUACUGUGAUCAUCUGGAGGAGAUAAAUGUCCACCCAGGGAAUAUUGGUGUUUAUGGGAAGGUGCGAAUUUAUAGUUCUUAUCCUGGGAAGUCUUGGACACAUCUUGGAGCUAGUGUUGCUCCGGGCAAUGAAAGGAUUCUGGUGGAGGAUGAAGUGGACUGGAGGCCUGAGGGAGAUAUUGUGAUCAGCUCUUCCUCCUAUGAAGCCCACCAAGCUGAACUAGUUACAGUUAAAGAAGUCAAUGGUCAUAGUAUUACACUCCAUGAACGCCUUCUCCACAGGCAUAUUGGGCAUCCCCAUGACAUAGAAGAUGGUAGACGCAUCCCUUUGUCUGCAGAAGUUGGACUCUUAACACGGAAUGUACAGAUCAAGUCUGAUGUGCCUUGCACUGGGAAGAUACUGGUGGGACGUUUUAUGGAUUCCAGUGGGAGAGAGUUUGAAGGUGUCCUUCAACUCUUAAAUAUUGAAUUUUUGAACUUUGGGCCUCCUCAACUUUCCGCUAUUGAAUUCAGGAAUAUAACUCAACAGUCCUCAGUGGUGUCAUCCAGCGUUCAUGGUAGCUGUGGAGCUGGCAUUAAAGCAGUCAUGAGCAAUGGGAUCUGGUUGCGUGAUAAUAUAGUGUUCAACACGGUCGGACCUGGGAUUGACUUGGAAGGGAAAAACCACUCUCUCAUCAGGAACCUUGUUAUUCUGAGCAGGCAGCCAGACGGUUUAUUAAACUGGGUUGCUGGCAUCAAGGUGAACCUUGUCAUUGGUGUCUCCCUCUAUGGCAAUGUUGUUGCAGGAUCUGAGAGGAUUGGAUUUCAUAUUAGAGGCCAAGAGUGUUUGCUGGAUGUUGAUUAUUGCAGUGAAAAUGUGGCCCAUUCAAAUCUCCAUGGUAUUCAUCUGUACAGGGGAGAUGGAUUUCAGACCUGCACGAGAAUAGCAGGUUUUCUAUCUUACAAGAAUUAUGACUAUGGUAUGAUGUUCCACCUUGGAAGCAGCGUCAUUAUAGACAAUGUGGUGCUGGUGGACAACACUGUAGGUCUCAUGCCAGUAAUACAUUGUCUGUAUGCCAAGCAGUGCUACAUGGGGAAAAGACUCCUUGAACUUAGAAACUCUACCAUUGUUGCAACAAGCUCAACAUUUGACUGCAUCCGAGAUAGGAUCAAGCCUCAAGCAGCUGACCUAACUUCUAGGGAUCGACCACCAUACUACCCUCAAAGAGGCCGUGCUGGGAUUUUAUGGCCUAAAUUUACCACUGUGGCCAGCCAGUGGCCAGAUAGCCCAUGGCACAAGAUUGUCCGUUGUCCAAAAGUGCUAGGACUCAUGAAGCUGAAAGAUGUUACAUUUACUGGUUUUACAAAGAGCUGCCACAGCGAAGACAGGGAUGUCUGCAUCAUGUCAGAUUCUGAUCAUUUAGGCAUCAUGCCUCUUAUCACGGCAGAGGGAUCGAGGAUGUUCCAUGUCAAUGAGAAGGAUAAGUUCUACUUUCAUGCAGCAAGUGUACAGACCUCUGAAGGCACUGCAUUCCCUGAAGAGAGCUGUGAAGGCUCAAGAAAGGCCCUUGUCAAGGAUUUGGAUGGAAAUCUCCUGGGCCUAGAACCACCUGUUUCUGUUUUCCCAAAGUCAGAAUUUGAAUGGACAAGGUUCUACUUGCAAUCUGGAAUUUACAGAGAUGACAGCAAGUGUAUCUUCAAGCCCUCAGUACAAAGCUACUUCUGCAAACAAGCUGAUUACGCACUUGUCAUCCUGGAAAAUUUAGACACCAGCAUGGUCAGCCAGGAGUUGUUUCCAGUAGUAACAGUGACUGGCAGCUUUAUGGAUACCUUCAGUGAUGGAGCUUCAGAUGCAUCAUGUCGUUCUGCACAGCAUCCUUCUGCUCUCUUCUCUGUACUGCCAACCACCAAACUCACAACAGUUUGCUUCCCAGACCUAACGCCUCUGGUUUUCAGACUCUACCUCCUCAGUGGGCAGAACUCAACCAGACUGCCCCUUGCUAUCUUCUACAAUGAGCCCCUCAGCCUUCAUGUCUUCACUGGAGGGAAAUAUAUCUCUCCAACUCCAUCUUCCUUCUCAUGGAAUGAAAGGGCAGGAACCAAUUAUUUUAGCUUUGAGGACAAUCUUCUCUAUGUCCUCCUUCAUGAAAAGGAACCUGUAGAAAUAGUCACUGGCCUUUCUCUUCAUGUGGCUUUCACUGUGACUGAGACCAUUGGGGAUGAAGGUGAGGCAAAUAUCAUGCAUCAAUUAGCUGAUUACUUGCACGUUGCUCAAGAUCAAGUCAGAGUAGUCCAUCGUGUGCCGGGAGGUGAAAGCAUGCUGAGAGUCAUCUCAGACAAUGCAAGCAAAAAGCAAUAUCACUGCCCCAACAUGAUGUUUUGCACAACCUUUCAUAGCAGAUCUGGAUCACGGAAACUAGGGAGAGGAGCAGUAAAUGCUCGAGUUCUGCAGACAUCUGAUGCAGCUGGUCCAUCAAAAGUGCUGAUUUUUGAAUUUGGUGAUCCACCAGGCUACCAAAGAAAUGAGUUUCAGCGUUCCUUAACCACUGACAGUUUAAAGAGCUUGGCCAGAGCAAUUAUCAAUGCUCAUCAGACUGGAGACCUUCAGACAGUCCUGGGCUUACCAGUUGAUACUCUAAUGGUGAAUCAGCCUGACUUACUGUUCUCAGGAAGAGAUAAUAGGAGCAGACAUCACCCAGGGACUUGUUUGUAUGUGAGGCCCUAUAGCAUCUUUGUUCACGUGCAGCCUUCGGAUGGAGAAAUCGAAAAGGAGCUUCCUGUACAGCCACAAAUCAUUUUCCUGGAUAAGGAGGGUCGAAGAGUUGACAUGCUGGGUCCUCCCUCAGAGCCCUGGGUUGUUUCAGCUCACCUCAAGGGCUCCUCUGCAGCUGUGUUAAAAGGGCUCACUGAAGUACAGGUCAUAGGUGGAUGUGCAAGCUUUUCCAACCUGGCUGUCUCCAACUCAGGCACCAACUGGAACCUUGUGUUCACUGUCACAUCACCACCAGGAGCUAAAUUCACUGUGCUAUCUCAGCCAUUUACCAUCUUCCCUGUGCCCAUUGGAGAGAAGGCUAGCUUGAUUCUUGUUGUCUUGCUGAGUGCAAUAGCAUCUGGGUUUGUCCUCACUCUUGUGUUCUGCUGGUUCAAGAAGAGCAAAAACAACAAAAUGAAGACUAAGAGGGCUGAUGUACCACAAGCCAGUAUCAAGGCACCCCAAAAACAAACACAGCCUCGUGCACCUCAUGUCCAGCCCUGCUACGAUCAAAGACAGAAUGACAGUGGUGAGCCUGUAGCAGGAGAAGUGGAAGAAAAUGGAGCAGUGAGACAUGAGAUGGGACAAGGGAAGGAGCUGAGCCCACAGCUGUGUGAAGUCACACCGGUGAGAAAGGCGAAUGCCCUACAGCGAAAGACAAGUAACAGAGAUAUCUUCUCUUCAGCCAGGAAAGGUGGCAAUCACCAACAGCCUUGUGGAGGAGGAACAACUCCUGGGGACUCUCUGGAGCUCCAACAUGCAUCUGUCCCCAGGUGCUCUGCCCAGAAGGGUGUCGCACAUCCUCCUGAUGGUCAUAAUGAAGAAAGAGAGAAUUUGGAUGCAAUGUGCAGCCCUCAGGAGGUGGUCAGAGAGGAGAUUGCUAUAGGAGCAGCAGCAGAGGGAUAUCAGAAGUCAUGUCAGGCAGUGGAGCAAUGACCAAACAAGUUUUGCUUUUCUUGCGGUCAAUGUGAAGCUGUUUUGUUUUGUCUCUGUGGUUGGAGGAGUGCACAAACUAGCACAGAAGGCUGCACUGUCAUGUUGUGCAUGUACAAAUUAACCUGUGAAACUGCUCUGCAGCCAAGCGGGGAACUGUGGCCAUGUCUAGGCUACUAAUCAUAGUCAUAGAAUCACUGAAUCAUAGAAUCGUAGUGUGGCUUGGGUUGAAAGGGACCUCAAAGCUUUCUUAGCUUCCAAAAAAUCUAGGUGCAGCCAAGUAACCUGUUGAGAGUUGGCUCCUGAUACCCCUGAAACUCAAUGUGAGUGAUAUCUGGGUCAGGUCAAAGGCAUUCAGGAAUUACCAAGCAGUUUAGCACUGUGGAUGGGGGAGUUUCCACACCCACAACCUCAUGUUAAUGUGCUUACACUGGUGUAGUCUUAGUAGCUACAGCAAUAUUGGUUGGAGUGUGUCGCCACAUACACAUAUGUAAGAAUUUCUUUCUCUCUCAAGGAACUUCAGUAUGCAUGUGAAUCUUCUUUUUCUAAGGAAAAACAAACAAACAACUGUUCCAUUUCAUUGUGACUUAAGCAAGUGCUUCCAUGCUUCCUUCGUUAAAUCUGUGCUGAAGAGUGUUUCUUUUGUUUGUUUUGAUUUUGAAAUUGAAGUGUUUGGCAUUUUGUGCUAACUCUCCACCACGCCAUUAUUUUCGUAACGCCUUUAAAUCACUGACUUGUUAUGAACAGAACUGUUUAUGAGUGAUAAUAAUAAUACUGAUAUGCUUCGGCUGCUCAGAGAAUUCCUCUGUGCUUUGGUUUACUGAGCUGGAAGAUGAGGAACUUUAUUAUACUCUCUCUUAAUCAUAAACUUGGUUACAGUGUGCCCUGGUAGCACAAGAAAAUAUGUGUACUUCUCUGUAGAUUGGAGGUGCUCGUGUUGAGGCAUUCAUAAUAUGUACAUUGGUUUGGUGAGCCUCAACUUGCCAGGUGUAGCUGGAUGCAGAACUGAUAUUAAUCACAAAAGAACAAAUAUCUUCCCCUCUUGUCCUCUUGUCCUUCCUUCACAAUGUGAGAAUUCAAGAAGGCCUGAGCUGAAUGGGUGCAUAGUGUCUGUGCUGCUGGAAGAGAACCUCUGUUGCUCUUUCAUUCUGAUCAAAGAGGCAAUAAUUGAACCAAUUAAACUUCAAAUAACAUCUGACUUGUCUGCCAACUUUUAUUUCAGUUCCAUCCAGACAACCCUCACUUUAGUUGUAUUUUGGGAUCUUUUCAACCCAUAAAUGAUGAUGGUGUCUUCCUGAUGUCUCUGCUAGAAGAAAGCUGCUAUAUUAAAGCUGUGUUCUCCAUAUCAGAUCAUCACAGAUUGAUUGAUGAGAGUAUUGGGUGCUGUGCUACAUUGCAUUUGUAAGGUAAAAUCGGAGGGAUUCCAGGCUGAGUGAGGCUCCUGGUUGUUUGUUCUGGAGCUUCUCUGGCUCAGGACUGCUGAGUAUGAAGGCUUUAUGUUCCAUGCAAUAUAUCAGUUGUUUUGACCUCUUUCAUGGAGGAUGACCAGGAGUUUAAUCUAACUUUUUCUGCAAAGGACAAAAUAUUCUCUUCCGUGUAUCAACAUGGUAAGUCCCUCAUGGUUCAUAGUCCAAAUAAGAUUCACCUUGCAGUGAUGUCCAGGCCUGGUGAACUGAUUAAAAGCUCUUCCUUUCCUCCACAGCUGACAUCCAGCUUUACUUUCACAUGGUAGAAGAUCUUUUCCUUUCUGCAGAAAUACAGUUCCUCCAGCACCUGAACCCUGCACUCCUUAGGUAGAUCUACUCCUGGUAGGUGAUGUAGGUGACUCUAUCACAUCCAAGCAGAGUGAAAGUGAAUAACACGUCAUUAGAAAAGUCUGAAUUUAUGCAAAUGUCCAGAUCAUAUUGAAUGUAAAUGAUGUGCACAUGCAUUAAUUAUACAGCAGAGCCUUCUUCUGGGGGGGAAAAGAAGACGUAUUGGAAACAGUUAAGGGCUUUGAUUAAUCCUUUAAUUCGUAAUCCUAGCAUUUAUUGAAACUUUGCUUACAGAAUCUUGCAUGUUUAGGCCUCUCAUGGAGUAAAUAACCUUUAAUUACAGUAUGGUUGAUCUCAGUUUCCCGCACCACUGUGCAUUAAUUGAGUGAGUGGUGGAGCAUAGGAAACAAGUGGGGAAAAAGGGAAGAAAACAUGAUGAGAAUUCAGUGCAAACACAACGUAAGCCCUGAAUAAAUAAGAACUUUGAACGCUUGUGUGUUUGGGAAAGAAAUCAUCGUGGUGAUCAUGAAAGAAAUGUGAUGUUGAAUAGUGGAUGAAUGGCAAGGUUAUAAAAGAGGUUGUAUCUCUUCUAAAAAUAUCUGCUCUUAGACUGAUGGUAGCAAAAAUACCUGGCUGAAAUUGAAUCCUGCUCCUCUGUGGCUGAGGCAGAAGCAGACUUGUUUUGAAAACUUUGCCAUCUGGACAGGCAAAGGCAAAACAGACUUACAGGGAACACAUGGUUAGCUGCACAGACAUUGCCAAGCUGCCCCAGCAAUGUAGAAUCACAGAAUUAUUUGAGUUGAAGGGACCCUUAAAGGUCAUCUGUUUUCUAUUCCCUGCACUGAACAGGGACACCCACAGCUCCAUCAGUGCUCAGAGCCCCAUCCAGGCUGACCUUGGGUUUCUCCAGGGAUAGGUCAUCCACUGCUGCUCAGGCCAGUGCCUCAUUGCCAUAAUUAUUAUUAGCGUCUUCCCUAUAUCCAGUCUAAAUCUUUCCUCUUUUAGUUUGAAUCCAUUUGCCAUGUCCUAUCACAACAGACCCCGCUGAAGAGUCUGUGCCCUACAAGGGACAAAGUAGAGAAAGAUACCAUGCUCAUUAUCCAAGCCAAAACCUUUGUUUCACAGUAGUUUCAAUACCAGCUUGACAUGGGGGGCAUCUGCGUGCUCUCUUGCCAUCAGUUCUUUUGGUGAUUUUUCACAAGACCCUUAAUGUUGAUAUUCUGGAUUUGUCCUUAAUCCUUUACCUAAGACUGGGCCUACAGUGGUUUCCACCUUUGCAUAAUGGCUGUUUAUGGAUAAGGUUGAAUGCCCAGAUACCCCUUAAUAUGAAGACAGUCAGAAAAAUGGGGUGAAGGUGAAAUGGGGUAAAGAAGUGGUGGAAGGAGACAGAUGAGAAACCACAGCUUGAUGUGUGGGAUAUUCAAGAGGGAAUGGGGAGCCUUGAUAGACCUGAGAUUAUGGAAGCCUUCUGGCCCAGCUGCAGGGGAUUCAGAUGAAAGGAGCUCCCUGUUUUAAGUUGUCAUCAUCCAUCUUCUGAGAGGACGUGAAAAGACAGGAGGAUUUUGUCUCAAUCUCAGCUUUUCGAAGCAGACUAAUGGCAUGCUGUGGUGAAGACAUGCACUCUAAUGUGGCCUGCAUUCAGGCAAACUGCAAGGGAUGGAAUCUGCUAGAGAAGGGCUGGUGAGGUCUUGACCUCCAAGACCCGAAUUCUUUCUUUACAGUCAUGUUAAAAAUCAGUGCAAUUGGGAAAGUGUGGCUCUGCUGCAGCUAAUAGCAAAUAUUUCAUUAAAUUUGCUGGGUUCUGGGUUUCCACCUGCUGUGCUUUCUGUAAUCCCAUCGUGUCCAAUGCAACUUGGACUGUGUUGUUAUACAUAAAAGCACAGCUGAAAAGGUGCCUUCUUUUUAACCUAGGUGUCCAAGCUUUCCUGAAUUCCAAUAAAUGCUGUGUUCAAAAUUAUUCUUCCUUUGUAUUUUUCACUUUUUUUUUCUUUUUUUUCUUUUUUUUCUUUUUUUUCCCAUUUUUCCCUUUUAUGGAAGUGGUAUUUUUUCCUCUUAUGUCUGAAGCAGAGGAGUGCAUUACAGACAAAUUUGCCUAAGGCUUUGGGCCAGAGUUGAUGAGACUUCACGAAGAUACAGGAACGGGCACAUGGGUAGAAAAGAGAAAGUCUGUGAAAAAUUAAAAUGACAAGGCUGGUUAGGGAGCGGAGAUAACUGGUGAUGUAGUGAAAUUAAUUACAGUCUGGGUUGAAGGAAUUGUGUGUCUAAGACAAAAUUAAAAAAAAAAAAA